AUGGCUGACAGAAAUGUCAGUGUGAUAACUGAAUUCGUCCUCCUGGGGUUUACUGACAACCCUGAACUGAAUACUGUCCUUUUUGUGCUGUUUCUCUUGAUCUAUCUCAUUACUGUGGUGGGCAACAUCUGGGUUAUCACGAUAAUUCUGGCUAGUGCCCAGCUUCAUUCUCCCAAGUACUUUUUCCUUUGCCAGUUGGCUUUCUUGGAUUUCUGCUAUUCCUCAGUCUUUAUUCCCAAAAUGUUAGUGAACUACAUAGCAGGACAGAAGGUCAUCUCCUAUCACGGUUGCCUCCUUCAGUAUUCCUUUGUCAGCAUGUUCCUGACCACCGAAUGCUUUCUCCUGGCUGCAAUGGCGUAUGAUCGGUAUGCUGCCAUCUGCUACCCACUUCACUACAAAGGUCUCAUGACCCCCACGUUGUGCAUCCACCUGGUGACCGCUUCCUACCUACUAGGUUGUGCUAACUCACUCAUUCACCUGAGUGACUUGCUCAGUCUGUCUUUCUGUGGGCCCAACGUCAUUAACCAUUAUUUCUGUGAUAUUCCAUUGCUCUUUCAACUUUCGUGUUCUGACACCCGAUACAGUGAGAUUCUGUUUAUUGUCCUCUCUGGAACGACAUCAGUGACUACCUUUCUGAUAGUAGUUAGUUCUUAUCUGAGGAUCCUUCUCACUGUUCUGAAGAUACACUCUACGAGGGGCAGAUACAAAGCCUUCUCCACAUGUGCUUCCCACCUGACGGUGGUGACUCUCUUCUAUGGAACGGUGAUAUUUACGUAUCUGGGAACCAGCUCUAGCUACCAACAGGACAGAGCCAAAAUCCUGUCCAUGUUUUAUACCCUUUUGCUGCCAAUACUAAACCUUCUGAUAUACAGUGUGAAAAACACAGAGGCCAAAGAAGCAAUGAAAAGAAUUAUUAUGAGAAAAAUAUUUGCUGAGUGA